UGUAAACAAGGGGGAGCGAGUCCUUUCACUCACUCUUGGAACCUUCGUUUUUUUUCUCUUCCUAUCCCGCCCCAAUUCUCUCGCACCUUGUUUUCUCUCAAGUUUCAAUGUCAUCAUAUCUUAAUAAUCUUUCAUCAUAACAACAAAAUUCAAUAACCCUUCACAUUCACCUUCUUAACCUCUUCACUCUUUACCCAUCAAGUUUUUCUUCUUGUUCUUGUUCUUGUGCAUAACAACAAUGGAAUCAUCGAAUGAGAGCUCAAGAAGGAACACUCUGGUUGUGAGGAAACCGUGCUUUGGUCUCCCAACUGGUUGUCCUCAAUCUUUGUCUGCUUACAUCUAUCUCAAACUCUCUCAACUUCCCUUUCACUUGGAUUACCACCUUAACUACCCUGAUUCUGAUAAAAUUCCUUACUUUGAGGCUGGUGAUUGUGUGACAUAUAAUAAUGAGAAGGAUGGGAUCAUUGAGGGCUUGAAAAAGGAAGUAGGUGAUUUAGAUGUUGGGGUAUCUUCACUCCCUGAAUGGAUACCAACCAAGGUUAUGCUCACCACUUGGCUUGCUGAUGCACUUGAGUAUGAACUUUGGGUUGGAUGUGACACUACAUCUGCUUAUAUCAUCUAUUAUUCUGAUCUUCCAUGGCCUAUUGGAAAGGUCCUGUUUUUGAAAAAAGCUCACUGGGUGAAGCAGAAACAUGAGAUAAGUAAAGACAAUGCUGAAGUAAAGGAAGAAGAGAUUUAUGGAAGAGCAAACUCUGCAUAUGAUGCUUUGUCAACUAUGAUAGGGGAAGAAAACUACGUCUUUGAAAACAGGCCAUCAAGCUUGGAUGCUAUUUUUCUUGCACACGCAUUAGUAGUUCUUCAAGCUUUGCCGGAAUCAUCAAUUUUGCGGACCAAUUUUUCGAAACAUGCCAAUUUAGUGAGAUACGUGCAACAACGAAAGGUAGAACUUAUAGGAGCUGCCGGCACAUCUCCUAAUGAUCCAUAUUUUGGUACUGCUGCAUCAUCGUCGACUUCUGGAGGCCGUUCAACUUCAAGUUCAAAGUUCAAGAGCAAACACAAAAAGGAGCAAACAAAGGAGGAGAAGACCUAUAGAAGAAGGGCCAAAUAUUUUGUGGUAGCACAGGUAGUUGCAGUUGUUCUUUUUCUCAGUAUCAUGUCUGGAUUCAGCGGUGAUGGUGAACUGGAGUUAGAUGAUGGUGAUUUAGACUAUGGUUAUGAUGAAUGACAACGAUGGUCCUCAAUGCAUUACUUUGAUGACACAUCCUUUUCUGUUGUAUCAUGCAAAUUUAGAUAUAAGAAAAAUUACCAUUCAUAUCAAAUUUUGCUAUAGCUGGAUAAGAAAUUUAAUUAGUUGAUUUCAUGAGAUUGAUCAUUGACUCAUUCAUUGUCUCAAGUUGUACUUGUAGCCAUACUUUUUCACUGGAAUAUGAUGCAAUUUGCUGAGUGGUGGUAGUAAAUGAACCAUCACCUGAGAGAACCUAUGGAACUGUAAGCUUUGUACAUUGUAAAAUUUUGGAAUGGUUUUUUAUUAUCUUGUAUGAGUCCUUUUAUAAUGGAGACAAGCUCCCUUAGAAUAA